AAAAAAGAGGUUAUUGUUAGAGGAGGAUUCCUUUCUGUUACUGUGAUAUCUGCUGAAAACUUGCCUGCAUUGGAUAUAUUAAUGAGAAAAUCUAAUCCCUUUGUUGUUCUGACCUUGAGGAAAGCAAAAUCAAAAGCCGAAACAAUAUACAAAACCAAGGUUGUGAACAACUGCUUGAAUCCUUCUUGGAAUCAAGCAUUUGACUUUGUAGUGGAGGAUGGAUUACAUGAUGUGCUAAUUGUUGAAGUUUGGGACCGCGGCACGUUUGGAGUGCAUUUUAUGGGGAAAUGCACAUUGUCGCUUGACAGGGUAAUACUGGAGGAGGAAUACGAAGAACGUUUUAAGCUAGUUGGUGCUGAAUCUAGCUAUUUGAAAUUGCAUCUCAAGUGGAUGCACCAACCAAUUUAUUGUGAUCCGAACUUUCUACAGCCGCUGAGUAUUGGGUAAG